AUGUGCACACGGGCCUAUCCGGACGAUUUACCCAGCAGCCCACUGUUCCCUGGAGACACCGAGGAAGACGACAGCAAGGAAAGGGACUCGGACAGAGACAGUGCAGUGGAGAGCACCCAAGGAUCUGACACCUCGGAGGGUCCCACGAGAUUUGGGGAUAAAGAAGAUAUAUUGGGGGAUCUCUUCUUUCCUGCUGAGAAGACGAGCUGCACAAGCAAUUCUGUGAUCUCUGACCUGUCAACGCGCUCUUCGGCUUCACUGAACGAGGAGCAGUUUGAGGACUACGGUGUAGGGGAGGAGCCAGACUAUGCUUCCAGCAGUCCCUGUCUAGACGAUGAGACCCGAAUAAACGGGUACUCUGAUCUAGGCUCAUCUGUGUCCUCUAGCGCAGGCCAGACGCCUCGGAAAGUGCGUCAUCUUUACCCGAGCGAGAUGGUGGAUGUCUACUGUUCUCAGUGCAGCAAAAAAGUCAACCUGCUUAAUGACCUGGAAGCGCGUCUAAAAAAUCUCAAGGCUAACAGCCCCAACAGGAAAAUUUCCAGCACAGCAUUUGGGAGGCAGCUGCUCCACAAUAGCAACUUGAGUAGCAGGAACGGCAGUACAGAGGACCUUUUCCGAGAUAGCAUCGACUCUUGUGACAUCGACAUAAAUGAGAAGGUGAACUCUUUGGAGAAGAAAGUUGCAGAACUAGAGAAUGACAUUUUGUUGAAUGGUGAUCUGAAGUCCAAAUUGAAGCAGGACAACACACAUUUAGUACACAGAGUAAAUGACCUAGAGGAGCAGCUAAAAGACCAGGAGACCCGCGAGAGCCAAAAUCUACUGGAUGAGUUGAAAAGACACAGAGAAGCCUUUAGUAAAAUGGAGAAUGACAAAAAUACAGAGAUUGAAUUGCUCAACAACAGAGUUAAACAGCUGGAGGAUGAGAAAAAUGAAAUGCAUGUCAGCAUGUGCAGACUCAAGACUCACACAGAGAAAUUAGAUGAGGAGAAGCAAAGAAUGACCGAUAAACUGGAAGACACCAGCUUGCGCCUUAAGGAUGAAAUGGACUUGUACAGGAAAAUGAUGGACAAACUGCGACAGAACAGGCAGCAGUUCCAGCAAGAGAAAGAAGCCAUGCAGGAGUUAAUUGAAGACCUGCGGCGAGAGUUGGAGCAUUUGCAGCUCUUCAAGUUGGAAUCAGAGAAACCUGGAAGAGGACGCAGCUCUUCUUCUAGUCUGUCGGAAUACAACAGCAGGACCAGAGAGGUGGAGCUGGAGUACGAGGUCAAGAGGCUCAAACAGGAGAACCAGAGGUUGAAGGAACAGAAUGAUGAGCUGAACGGUCAGAUACUCAGCUUGAGCCUGUACGAAGCCAAGAAUUUGUUCGCCACGCAGACCAAAGCCCAGUCUCUGGCUGCUGAGAUAGAUAACGCCUCCAGAGACCAGUUAAUGGAAGCACUGAAGGAGCAGGAGGAAAUCAACAUGCGCCUGCGACAGUACAUGGACAAAAUAAUUCUAUCUAUCCUAGAUCACAAUCCAUCUAUUCUGGAAAUCAAGAACUAG